UGCUGUUACUGGCUGUUGUUUUGCUGUUGGUGGCUAGCUCGUGGCACGUUUUAUGGCUUGAAGCUACCGUGUUGGCAACAGUUGGAAUCAGUGCAACGGUGACUCUUGAACGGUAAUGUUGACUUAGCGGUUGAAACGAAACCUGAUUUUAUUUACUUUUAUUAACUACACGCCAAACGUAAUAAAUACCGUAAAUUGCAUACUAAUUGGUGUAUAUUAAACUUUGGAAGGGACAAAGCCGCCAAAGCAUUCAUAAAGUGCCAACAAGAAAAAAGGCGAUUGACGGAAAAUAAAAAGAGACAAAAUGCUUCCGCUUCCGCGAGGAGCGGUUUGGCAAACCCUCUUCCUACUAUGUGCAGUGCUCUUUAUAAAUGAAGUCCGUUCGGAAGGCAGAGUCGUCUGCUACUACACCAAUUGGAGUGUCUACAGACCAGGUACAGCGAAAUUCAAUCCACAGAACAUCAAUCCAUAUUUGUGUACACAUUUGGUGUACGCUUUUGGUGGAUUCACAAAAGACAAUCAGAUGAAACCCUUCGAUAAGUACCAGGAUGUAGAACAAGGCGGCUAUGCCAAAUUCACCGGCUUGAAAACGUACAACAAGCAACUGAAGACCAUGAUUGCCAUCGGUGGCUGGAAUGAGGCCUCAUCACGUUUCUCGCCGCUUAUGGCCAACCCGGAGCGACGACAGCAAUUCAUUAAAAAUAUUUUGAAAUUUCUACGUCAAAAUCAUUUUGAUGGCAUCGAUUUAGAUUGGGAGUAUCCGGCACAGCGUGAGGGCGGCAAGCCGCGUGACCGCGACAAUUAUGCGCAGUUUGUGCAAGAGUUGCGCGCCGAAUUUGAACGUGAGUCACAGAAGACCGGACGUCCACGUCUGCUGCUGACAAUGGCGGUACCGGCAGGCAUUGAGAACAUCGAGAAGGGUUACGAUAUACCCAAACUGAACAAGUACCUUGACUGGUUCAAUGUGCUCUCGUACGAUUUUCAUUCAUCGCACGAACCAUCGGCUAAUCACCAUGCUCCAUUGUACUCGCUGGAGGAAGAGUCCGAGUACAAUUAUGAUGCAGAAUUGAAUAUUGAUUAUUCCAUCAAAUAUUAUUUGAAAGCUGGCGCUGACCGCGACAAGUUGGUGCUGGGCAUACCUACAUACGGACGUUCAUAUACACUGAUUAAUGAGGAGAGCACGGAAAUUGGCGCACCGUCAGAAGGACCGGGUGAACAGGGCGAUGCUACACGUGAAAAGGGCUAUUUGGCCUACUAUGAGAUAUGCCAAAAUCUGAAAGAGGACCCUGAGUGGACCGUCGUACAGCCAAAUCCCAAUGCGAUGGGACCAUAUGCAUAUAGACGUAAUCAAUGGGUUGGUUAUGAUGAUGAAGCCAUUGUACGUAAGAAAGCGCAAUAUGUGGUCGAAAAUGGCUUAGGUGGUAUUAUGUUUUGGGCCAUCGAUAACGAUGACUUCCGCGGCACUUGCAAUGGAAAACCUUAUCCACUAAUUGAAGCAGCUAAGGAUGCUAUGCUCGAGGGCUUAGGGCUUGGCAUCAACGAAGUCGCUAAGCCGAAUUCACCCAAGAAACCUUCACGUUCACGUAGUCGUGAGAAUUCAUCGUCAAAAUUAAAUCGCAUUGGUGGCAGCAGCGAGGGUAAGGGUUCGGCGAGUCGUACGACUUUGAGUAGUGGACGACGUCGUAUACAAUCCAGCACCACAACAACAACGCAAGCACCCGAGACCACAAUAAGACUGACUAAUCCAGAAGGUUCUUCAUUGUAUAUAGGCGGUCGCGUCACCACACCAGCACCACCCACCACGCCUGACCCGGGAACUGACUUCAAAUGCGAAGAGGAAGGAUUCUUUCAACAUCCACGUGACUGUAAGAAAUAUUAUUGGUGCUUGGAUAGCGGUCCGUCUGGUUUGGGCAUUGUGGGCCAUCAGUUCACUUGUCCAUCGGGACUCUAUUUCAACCCGGCCGCUGACUCGUGCGAUUUUGCGCGUAACGUGCCCUGCAAAACGAAGAAAGCCACAACUGCCGCACCUGUAACCAGCACCACGACAACUACUACUACACCAAGACCUUCAGCUUCCCCCAAUCGUAUAUCAGCCGCUACUUCGCGCACAUCUUUCUUUAGAACCACUACUACAACUACAUCAGCUCCAGAGGAGUAUGAAGAAGAAGAGGAGGAGGAGGUGGAGGAUGCGCCAGCACAUGCUAAAGAUAGAGAUGCCGAAGAAGAUCCCCAAGUUAUAAAAGAGCUCAUUGAGCUCAUACGCAAAGUGGGUGGUCUUGAGGAGUUAGAAAAGCACUUGCAACACAAAGAUGAUGGCUCAAUAUCGAUUAAAGGCAGCUCCAGUGAAUCAGGUGUGGCUACCACACCCACGCCGAUUAGUAAAAAUCUUUACGACAAAGUGCUUAGCAAACCUAACACCUUCAACUCGUUCCGCAAUCGCUUUACCUCAUCAUCGCUGUUUAGAAAAUCUGGCCAAACAAAGACGGAAGAAUCGACGAGUACUAAAUUAGAAAGUGAAGAAUCACAGUCUACUGAAGGUGCCAGCAGCAGCGGUUACUCCAAAUACUCAUCCGUCGUGCGUGGCAAUAGCAGGCAGGGUCCGCAAAAUGAGGGACUUGAUAAGUUGUCUGAGUUCGAUGGUUUCCUGAAAGAAAAGAAACAAUAUGUGACAAUAAACAGACAUAGAGGUGCAUUUAGAGGACAAGAUGAUGAAGAUGAAGUGGAGGAAAAGCAAACUGCUGAAGAAUUAAAUGAGAAUACUGAAGAAGAGGAGUUGAGUAGUAGAAGCAAAACCACAAAGCGGCCAACCAACACUGUCACACCCUCGUAUGCAAGCAUAAAACGCACCAGGCCAACAACACUUCGUACCGAGUCCGAUGAGGAAGCAGAAGGAAGUGAUGAAGAGGUGAAAACUGUAAAGGAGAGUGAAGAAAAGCGCACCUAUACCUCACUAAAUCGGAACCGAGGACGGUUUACCACCACUGAAAGCAGCCAGGCAGCAGAGGAAAUUGUCACUAAUGCAAAUAGGUAUAAAUAUCUUGAACGUACGCGACCCACAAACAGGCUUCAGACAUCAGCCAGCAGUCAAGAUGACGACGAGGAGGAUCAAGAGGAUGAACAAAAUGUAACGGUACAAUUAAAUGGGGCUGCAAUAGAUUCCACACAAAAAUCAACACAUACCACAACACGCAUCUAUGCGAAUAUAGGUCGUCGUACCACAACAACAACAGAGACUCCUAUCACCACCCAAGAAACACCAACCAGAUACAAUUUAUUAGAAAACACUUUUAGCAACAACGAAACACCUGAACCAAUUUUACCAACUACUACUACCACUGUCACAACAGCAAAUGACUCACCCGCCCUAUCCAUAACCAUUAAAAAUACUAAUCCCCAAUUCAUACCCAUUACCACGAAGCAAACCAUUACCACCACAUCCCAACCCAUUAUUUCCACAACAAAUGCCGCCGCUACUACAACAACAUCAAAUGAUAUUGAACUAACCGAUACCAAAUCCACCAUUACCACACUCCCACCAAACCUUGAGUCUGACUCAAAGGAUGCCCUAGACCUUUCGCUAGAUGUAAAUUCCCUUAUUGAAAAAACUACCUUAACUCCCAACGAAAGUCCGAAGGAUAUAGAGCUCGCUGAGACUACAACGGCAAGAACAACGAAAGCUACAACAACGACCGAAACACUGACAAGCACCGCUACUACAGCCACCUCAACUGACACUGACCAAACCCCCAACGGCGAUGAGGUAACGAAUUUAAGUAAUAAUCGCACAAAGACACAAUAUAAAUUCAUAACAAGAACACGAAAUGUUACAAAAGCAACAACAACAACAACAAACACUGACAUAGACACUGAAAAUGAAAGCGAAAGCGAAAACAACAAAAUUUUCAAAGAAACCAAAAAAACUAGUCUAAAAUCGGGUAGUAGUAGUAGUACCGAUGAUAAGCUAAGUAGUAAUAUUAGAGGUAAUACCUUUAAAUACUCUGGUGGUAGAAGACAACAACAAACGAACGAGUUACUAACUCGUAAAAAUCAAAUACAAAAUCAACAGCUAGAUUCCACAACGGAUUCCACAAACAGCAUAACAACCACCGAAUCAACACCCACUAACGAAUUCCUGGGAACCAUAUCUAGCCCUAGACCUUUCGGUUAUCCCAGGCGUCGUACGCGCCCGAAUAAUACCAAUCCAACCAACAAUGCUGAUAUACAAAUUACUACUACCGAGAGUUCAGAAGAUGAACAAAGCAUAGUUAAGACGAGGUUAACGGCGACCAGUGCAUCCAAAAAUAAGGUGAGUUCCAAUUCAGAUGUGUUGCAAGUACAAAACGGAUUGGAAACAAACGCUGAUGAGGGCAGCACUACGCGCACCCUUACACAAACGAAAUUGCACACACAUACGCAUGUAGUAGAUGUAGUAGACGGUGUUAGUGGUAUAAAUACAAAUAAUAGUCUAAGGCAUGUUGUAGAUAGAAACCAUAGCUUAAGUAUAAACGAUACACUUUCAGCACAAGAAAAGAGUGACAGUCGAGCGCAUACCGCGUCCGCUGAGACGCUACAGAGCGAGCUCGAAAGCAAACGCGAACAAUUAGCUAACACAGUGUUAGAAAACAAAAGUAGGGUUAGUGUAACGCAGCUGAACGCUUUGACGACAAAUACCAAAGACGAGACGGUGAAGGCAAGUAAGUAUCGCGGCAAAAGUUUGACAACCGAGACCGAGACAAGCUCGGCUCAAAAUAGUCUUUCUGCAAGGACAGCUGACUCUACAAAUUUCCGCAGUCGUGGCUUGAAGAUGGUAAGCGAAGAAAAAGACGACCUAAAAAGCAACGACACAGGCAAAGAAUCGGUCAGUAACGCCGAAAACGAAACAAAUCACACAACUUCGACAUACACAACAGUCACUGGAGAUAACGGUGAAGAAAACACAACUUCGACUGUGACUAUGCAAGCCAACGAAACCACCAUUACCGACGAGGGUAACGGCAUGGUAAAAAUUCAAACAGUCUAUACGACAAUCACAAACUCUGACGAAGCUGGUACGAAACAGCAUAAAAUAAGCGCGGAUGAACAUUCAACGCUAAAUAGUAAUGAAAAUGGUGUGAACAACAACAAAGCAGGCAAGACCUACGCCACUAUCAGCAGGGGGCACAUGCAAACACACGAAUCAAAGCUAGAUGAAAGCCACACUGCAACUAACGAGGAUUUGGGUACUAAGAAUACAACCACUUUCGAAACUUUGGACGAUGGCAGCGUCGUACGUACAACAGUCUAUACCACGAGAACGAAAGAUAGCAGCGGUAAAAUAAUUACCACCACAGUUGAAGAGACAAUUACCACGCGCACGAAAAUCGAAAACUACGUGCCGAGUAGCGAUGGAGAGAGCAGCGAUCGCAAAUAUCAAACCAUAACGCGUCGCACAGAUCACACGCAUGAGCCCACCACCGAGACAAUACAUUACAACACCAUUGUGCGCGGUAGUGAUGGCGUAAAGCUAAAUGAGGACCAAACUUCGUCUUUCUACAGAAAUCUCGAAGAAGUUGCCAAGCAAGCGGAACAGAGUCGCAGUCGCAUAUACCAGGGUAUAUCACGUGGUGGAAAAAUCGCACAAACGACGCUCGAAAACGAGGCAACCAGUGGAGUGGUAGAAAGCGAGGACAGCAGGUGGGUCGGAAAAAGCGAAACACACACGAUUGAACGCGGCUCAAGUAAGUAUCAUACAAUAAAUCGUGGGCAUACGGAAAGUGGAUUUGACGCAAGUACCGUCACGUCGAACCAGCGAGAAAACAGUCGUUUCACGGACAAAACAAGCAAGAAUGCAAAUGGUUACGUUAGCACAAAUCUUUCAAAAGAAAAGGUAUCAGGAUUGCAAAUAACUGAAGACAAAAAUGAAAGCUCAACUUCAACUAAAAAUAGCAGUGAGAAGAGUUCGAAGUUCACUGGCGCUUCCGUUGAUAGUUCCUUGGAAGUAGAAAAUACAGCCGCCGAGAUCACUGAUGAGGAAAAUCGCGUAACUACGCCGCGCUUGGCAGAAACCACUACCGCAAGUUACACCACAACAACUGUUGAUGUUAGCACAUCGCUCCCGGAAAUAGAUGACACUACUAUUAUAACCGCGACAGAAGUUAAUAUACCUACUAGUUUUAAAGAACGCACGUCAUCUCAGAUUGCAGAGAAGAACACUACUCUAUAUAUAUCCAAAGUUCAUAGCAGACCAACUACAACUGAAAUACCAGUAACUACAGUAAUUCCUGAAAUUAAAGAGACUUCUAACUCAAGUUCCUCACUCGCUGAGCUUGCAACUCACAAGGAAUCGUUCACACAUCACAGAGGCAUAACCUCAUAUUCCGCUGUAAAGUCCGAAGAUGUGUCUAACGAGACCGCAAAAACAACUAGGGUUCGACCUACCAUAACCAAAACUUCUGCUGAUACUGAUUCAACCGUUGAAAAGAACAACACCACACAUCACAGAGUUGCAACUUCGGAAAAUACAGAGAUUAACUCCACUGAAGUAAGGCACAUAGCCCGUAGCAGACCAAGAACAACACCUGUUCCACAAACUACUAAACAAUCGGAAAUUGAAGAAACCACAGUAGCAAAAACUGAAACAAGUCGCAAAUAUCGUAAUAGACCAACUACAACCGCAGUUCCAGAGACUACCACCCGACCAGAAAUUGAGAAAACAACAGUUACAUCAACUGAAACAAAUCGCAAAUAUCGUAACAGACCAACUACAACCGCAGUUCCAGAAACUACCACCCAACCAGAAAUUGAGGAAACAACAGUUACAUCAACUGAAACAAGUCGCAAAUAUGGUAACAGACCAACGACAACCGCAGUUCCAGAGACUACCACCCGACCAGAAAUUGAGAAAGCAACAGUUACAUCAACUGAAACAAGUCGCAAAUACCGUAAUAAACCAACUACAACCGUAGUACCAGAGACUACCACCCAACCAGAAAUUGAGGAAACAACAGUUACAUCAACUGAAACAAGUCGCAAAUACCGUAAUAAACCAACUACAACCGCAGUACCAGAAACUACCACCCACCCAAAAAUUGAAGAAACAACAGUUACAUCAACUGAAACAAGUCGCAAAUAUAGUAAUAGACCAACUACAACCACAAUUCCAGAAACUACCACCCACCAAGAAAUGGAAGAAACCACAACAGUAACAACUGAACAGAUUGUCAAAGCUCGUGGUAAAUCAACUACAAUCGCAGUUCCAGAGACUACCACCCACCAAGGAAUGGAGGAAACCACGAUAGCAUCAUCAACUACAACUGCUACUCCAGAAACCACUUCUCCAAUGAUAAUUGAAGAGACCACAGAAUCAGUAUCCACUGAAGCCGUUACAAACUCGACGAAAACUGAACCCCAAGAUAGCACUACUGUUAUUGAAAGCACGUCUAUUCCAGAAACAACAACAUCGGUCUCUUCUGUUCCAGAGACAACCUUUUCCAGCCCUUUCGUCAACACCCGUCACAAAGUUUUUGCAUAUUCUGAGCAAAAGCACACGGCUGACACAAAUUUCAAAGUACGUAGCAAAGCAACUACAACAUCUCCUCCAGAAACUACACAAGAAAUCAUAACAUCAUCUGAAACCGCUGCAACUUCCAAACAGAGUAUAGCGCGGCACAGAGUUAGCGGAUCUACUAAAUACACGGAGAAUGAUUCUACUGAAGCAAUACACAAAGUUCGUGGCAGACCAAUUACAACUCUUGCUCCAGAAACCACAGUAGCAAAAUCUUCCGAAACGGAUAGAAGAAACAUUACACGACAUAGAACCUUCGAUAAAAUAGAAGAGAAUUCAACAGAAACUAAAUUAAAAGUGCGCAGUAGACCGACUACAACUAUUUCUCCGGAAACCACCAUAUCAUCUUCAGAAACUGAUACCAACGGUAAUAGAAGAAACGGAAUUCGACACAGAACAGGCACAUCCUUCAAUAAAACAGAAGAGAAUUUAACAGAAUCUAAAUUCAGAGUACGUAGUAGACCAACUACAACAACCGCCAACUCGGAGACUGAGGAAACUACUUUGUCAUCUUUGUCUGGAAGUAAUACCGCUACAAAUAAAAAAACAUUUACACGUCAAAGAGUUGGCACAAUCGCUGAAACUAUAGAGGAAAGCUCUGUUGCGAUAAAAUCCAAAGUACGGGGCAAACCAACUACAACGGCGUCACCAGAAACUACUCUCAUUCCAGAAGAAACUACCACAUCCCCAGUAACUUAUUCUACGAUAAGUGCAUCGACCACUCCUGCUACUCCAGCUACCACAAGUAUACCAGAAAUAAUGGUAACUACUGUCACAGCUUCUGCAGAAUCUUUGACGUUAGGUACAAUUGACACAACAUCGGAAAUAUCGAAAGCCGAAGGCAAACUCAGUACAACGGAUUCGCCACCAACUACUUUAGCACCAGAAGUUAGUGAAACAAGUACUUUGCCCUCAACUGAGACAGUGACUGACCCUACAGAGGACAUAAGCAAUAUAAAAGUUAUUACUGAAGCAUCAGCUACCACCGAAUCUAGUACGUUUGUCAUUUCACCAGAAACAACUACAACUGCAGUACCAACGAGUACAUUAGCGUCAAUACAGACUGCAACUCCUACUACUAGUGAAACGAUCAGCGAAACUGAACAACCCACAACCGAAAAUAUAGGAAAUAGAAUUGCUCAAAAAAGCUUCAAAGGAACCAAUCACUCUUUCAGUAGAGCUUCUUCAGUGAAAACAAAAGUUAGUACUCAAGAAAAGGAAGCGGCCACGGAAAAUGUUGACACACAAGUACAUGGAAGUAAAGGUCGUGCACAGACCACACGUGGUUAUGUACUGAGAAAUGGUGAUCAGGUCUCCACAUCGUUCAUUGACACUACAUCGAAUCGUAAGACAACAAGUCAUACUUAUAGUGCUAAUGAAAAAUCAUCAACUACCAGAUAUUCAAGCAGGAGAGAUGAGGGUGAAGACGAUGAAAUCAAAUCCACAACUGUAACACCACAACGACGCACCACUUAUCGAGGUACAUACCGGCCGCGCAUGGACAAAGACGAUUUAUCGUCAUUAUUGGCGCUUGAUGUGAAUAAGCACCGACCUUACAACGAGAGCCAAUAUAAUCUCGGUAAGCGUAUAUAUUUGGAUGGAAUUUACAAAGGGGAAGAAAGUAGUGGAUUAUCAAGCGAACGAAAUUCGUAUCAAACGGUUGGCGCACAGUUAGGAAACACAAACAUUGACGCACAUGAGGGAUCUACUAAAAUUGGCGCUGACGCUGCUGCAACUCAAGAUAUAUCAAUAAGAACUAAGACCGUAAAUAAUAGAAAUGGAACAAACUCUAAUCAUCGAAGAACUACUGUUAUUAGAAGAAGAAUAAGUGGCUCUCGAAAUUCUACCAGAAAUAAUAAUGAGAUCGUGGCAGCUAAGUUGGCAGAAGGCUCUGCUGGAAUUAAAACAGUUGAAGGUGUUGGAGAAGAUGGAAGAAUUAGUACUACGUUCAGUUCCACACAGAAGAAGACUGUGACAAUAUCACAUAAUGAUGCAGAGAAUGUGAAUCAAAGUAAUUCUGAGAAUAAACACGCUGUUGUAAAGUCAACGAACUCAGAAAGUCUGGGUUCUACAACAGUAGGCGCUCUCGAAGGCAGUUCUAAUGAGGAAGAGUCCACCUCAAGUAAGAGUAAGAAGUUAGAGGAAGAGGUUACUAUUCUCGAUAAUAAAAAUAUAGCAAGUGAUGCUGUCAAGAGUGAUACGACAAAUGCCGGAAACUCAGCAACAUACAGUUCAAAAAGAAUUGAGAGUACCUCAGCUGCAGGCGGUGAAGCCGAUGCUGACAUCAAUACUUCAAAUAACACAGCAAAUUCAAGUCAACGUACUACGUUCGCCAAUAAGACAAAAUCCAUCAGGAUAUCGGACAGUAACGCCGCAUCAUCUAACGGUAUCGUAACUACUAAUUCUAAUGAGAGUUCGGCAACAAAUUAUAGACAACUUAGCUUAUUCGCCAAAAACAGGAAGUUUUUGGAGACUGAAGCUAAUGAAGCGUCUACUAAUCACAAUGUCGAUCACGAGGACAAUGCUGCGCAUGUUUCCGAGACAACCACAACAAAGUUGAGUGGUCUCAACAAGGUUGGCACUCAAGGCACGGUUAGCGAUGAGGGUGCAGUUGAAACGGAUGAAUCAAAUGCUAAGGAGUUUUCGAGGAACCGUAGUUCAUCCUUUAGAUCAGGAAGCGGUCGCGGCAGAUAUAGCGGUCGCGCACAGUACUCUAAUGACGGUAGUAGGAGAAAUGUGAAUCGGUUAAACGCUGCCGAUAGAUAUUCAUCAAAAACCGAAUAUAAUGAAAGUGGCAGCACCAAAACUCAAACCACUUAUACACAAACUUAUAAUAACGGUGACGAUACGCAGAAAACCGUUAAACGUGUUCAUACGAAAACCGUACAAAAAGCGGAGCCGGAAUACGAGUACGUAUACGAGGUCAUAACUGAGAAAAUCCCACCAAGCACACCGCGUCCAGUAACACGUAAUCGUGGUGGCGUCCGCUUCCGCGACACCGAUCUGUCAUCCUUACUAUCACUGGAUUUUGCAGCCAAGUCGAAACGAAGACAAGAAGGCGAAAAGACAAUCGUCAAAACUAGAAGAAAAUUAAUAAAAAAGCCAGCGACGGUAACUGAAAGUGAAAAUGUUGAAGAAUAUGAGUACGAAGAGCAGCGCACAAAUAGCCAAGCUACAACCAGACCAACACGCCCAACUCCAACUGAAGGCAGCACAAUUGUACGUCGUACAAGACCCACAAGACCGCUGCGCACAACCACGUCAACAACCCAACGAACUGCAGAUGCUGAAGAGGAAGACGUAGCACAAUUGGUGACAACAACUGCAUCACCAAAACCGACAGCCAAAAAAGGAUUUGUAUUUAAGAGACCAAUCUCCAAACUGACUUCGAAAACUACAACAACUGAGGAACCGCCUGCCGAGGAACCCCUAACUACUACUACUGAGGCGGCUAUACAAACAACAAGGAAAGGUUUUGCAUUUAAAAGACCAAUUUCAAUAAUAACAACCACCGAAGCUCCAGCUAAAAUUACAACGGAUACAAGUAGUGAAGCUACCGUAGCAACACCGCGACCAGCUUUACGUCGGAAACUCAUAAAAAUACAACGUCCUCUGAGUAAGACAAAAGUCGAAGAAGUCGUGAAUGAGCAAGAAGUAGUAGUGAAGCAAGCUAAGGUCGUGACUAGUUCACAGGAGAGCUCAGCACCAACAACUACUACCAAUAACACUACUGCUGAAGAAUCCGUAACUAUAACAACCUUCACAACUGAAGAAACACCCAAACCUUUCUCUUCUACCUCAACUGAGGAAGCUACCAAAAUUACAACCACAACGCACGCUGUCGAGACUUCCGACGAUUCUUUGAAUGUACUCAAGAAGCAGUUCUCUAACGCAAUUACCAACCUCCGUACUAAUGCCGAUGAAACUGUUAACUCCAAAGGUCAUACCACCGUUUUAACCAAAACCACGACCACCACAAACACAGUUGAUGGUGGAACUGAAACCAUUACCAAAACUGAAAAAGAGAUUACCGAACACAACUCCGUGUCUGAUUUAAAUAAUGAAUUGAACGAAGCUGGUGAAGAUGCUUCGCUCUCAUUGCCUAUAUAUCAUCGCAGAAAAUACUAUCAGUACUAUAAAGACUCGCCAGUAAUUUACAUAGGGAAGCCGCAACCACCAACAUCAGCAGAAACCAGCAGUGUCGACAUUAAAAAACAAAUACACGAAGUAUUCAAUAUAAGUAACGACGGUAAUACAUCGUUGGGUUCUGGAGAGCUGGACAACAAUAGCGCAGACGUGGCAGUUGCCACGGCAGACAAUAAUAAUACAGAUCAUUUUUUAUUGAAAACCCGGGUCAAAGUAGAUGGGCACCUGGGGGCAAAAUCAAUCGGUACAAAAUUUACAACAUCUGGAGAAGAAAUAAUUGAUGACCAAAACGCAAAAGCCGAAUUAGAACAGUUAUUUGCAUCGAUGCAAACGACAGCAAACAUAGCGGCUAAGGAAUACCUAACUGACACGAAGGACAAUAAUCGUGUUGGCAAAACUUUUAGAGAACAAAUCUCCACAAUCACACAACUUUCGGCCCUUAAACCCGACUUAGAUUCUGCCCUAACUAAUCCCACUACAGAAACAACAAUAGACAAAGAAAUACCCACCAUAAAAAUAACUCUGCUACCACAAGAUAAGCAACAACGGAACGAAGAUGCGCGCGCUUUACGCAAUUACGUAACAUUAAAUCGUCUGCGUACUACAACAGAAGCAUCUCCGGCUGAAGAAACCACCAUUGCAAGUAAAUAUAUCAAACCGAAACGUGUAUACGGCACGCUCAAUCGAAACAGAACUGAGCAAUCGACAAACAACUUAAUAAAUGAAGAAAUCAAAGAUCAAUCAGCAAUUAGCAAGGAAGACAUAGGGAGCACUUCCGGUCGACGCACCUUCAAUCAAUUUAGUAAACCCUCAACACGUCUUACAGCGAAGAGACCAUUUUCCGAUAAUUUGAAUGAUCAAACCGCUACUAACUUAAGUGCUUCGGGGACUGAUGUAGCAAAUGAUUCCAUUGAGGGUACAACACGACGCUCUUUAAUUACAAUUAAACGACCGAAGUUUGGAACUACAACUGUUAAGACUUUAGAAGAAACAGAUGAAAGUAAUUAUAGCGAUGAUGUGAUCUCCACAACCACAGAUUCUCUGAUAAAAACGACACGACGACCCCUAAAUGCUCUACCCAAUUCGAGAUUUAGAACGACGACUGCUAAAAGUACAGACGUAGUUGUUGACAAUGAAGAAAGUAACAGCGUGGAGCAAACAACUUCGUCGAUAAGUAGCACAAAAAGCGAUUCUCUAGAUAAAACUACGCGACAACGUUUAAAUAGUGUAAAUAGUUCCAAAUUACGAUCUGCAACUGUUAAAGCCACGGAAGUAGAAGACGUGGAUGAGGAAGCACAAUCUUCAAUUGAAAAUACGACGAUUGAACCACAAGAAAAAACUACUAGACGACCUCUAAAUAGUAUUAACAGUUCCAAAUUUAGAACUACAACUAUUAAAACUAUAAAGAGUGAGAACGAGGAUGAGGAAUUGGAUGAGACAAACAUUUCUUUGCAGGAAAAGUCUACUCUACGACCUCUAAAUAUUAUCAAUGGUUCCAAGUUUAGAACCACAACUGCUAAAAUUACAGUUGAGGAUAAUGAUAGUGAGGAAAGUCAGGAGGUGCCAUAUGCUGCGAUUGAAAGUACAACUAAUGAACUUCUGGAGCAAACAACCCAGCGUCCUCUAAGGCCUUUAAAUAGUAUUAACAGUUCCAAUUUUAGAACUACAACUGUUAAAAUUGGCGUAGAAGAUAAUGAUGUUGAGGAAAAUGACAAUGUGGAUGAGACAACAAAAACAAUUGAAAACACUACAAAUGAAUCUCUACGAAAAACAACUCGACGACCUCUAAAUAGUAUUAACAGCUUAAGGUUUAGAACGACUACAUUUAAAACUGCGGAAGAAGUUGAUGAUAUUGAAGGAAGUAAUAGCGCGAAGGAGACAGAUGCUUCAAUUGAAGUCACCACUAGCGCACCUCUAACAAAAACUACACGUCGCACCUUAAAUAUUAUCAAUGCCUCAAGAUUUAGAACAACAACUGUCAAAACUAUCGACGCAGAUACUGAGAGUGAAGAAAGUAAUGUUGACGAUGAGAAAACAGCUUCAACAAGGGCACCGCAGCCAAACACAACUCGACGACCACUAAAUUUUAUUAACAGUUCCCGAUUUAGAACCACAACGGUAAAGUCAAAAGGUAGUAUUGAAGGGGAAAGUACUGAUGCGAACACUCUGGAGAGUUCGAUAGAUACCACCACAACCAACCCGCUGGAAACAACAACUCGACGGUCAUACAACAGCAUUAAUAGGCUGAAACUCAGAACCACAACCGCUGGGAGUGUGGAUGAACAGGACGGAGACAGUGCAGAAAAGUUCGUUAAAGAGGAAACCGUCACCACCACACGUCGUCCUUUGAAUGCCUUAAACAGGUUUAAAACUACAACAGAAUCCGCUAUAAAAGAUCAAAAUAGUGCUGAGGACUAUAUACAGGAAGUAACUUUAACAAAAGGCACAACGCGACGACCAUACACAGCUGUGAACAGGUUAACAAUAAAAACUGCGACACGGGACGAGGAAAGCUCAAGCGAGCAAAUCGCCGAGAAUGAAGCCAACACAACAACUGUUGCUACACCUAAUACAACCAAGAGUAAAACGCGUAUAUAUGCGGUGUUGAAUCGUAAGACUCUUGUCACCAAACCAGCAGUGGUUAUAUCGGACGCAGUAGAUACGACGAGCUUCGAAAGUUCAACUGAAAACGAAUACAAACGGAAUUAUACAACUUUGAAUGCAGUUAGCAAUAAAGACACAUCCAGUAGCGUUGCCAAUUCAACGAAUAUUGGUCAGGAAGAGAAAGUGGAAGACGAAGAAAAUUUGCGGAUCAUAGAAGGUACAACCAAACGUACAUAUUUAACUUUAAAUCGCAUUAGCACAACCACUGAAAGUUCAGAAGAGGUGACGGCGAAGGAUAAUGAAGCAAUUGCAAGUACGGAAGAGAACUCCAACACAAUAUUUGAAAGAAAUGAGUCGAAGCAGUCUGAAGAGAACACAACUGAAACUGUAACCGUUAGCAACUACAACAGCACCGAUAGCAACGUAGAAAACAUUAACACAACUACAAUAGAUAAUGAGGAUGAUAACAAAGCAACGCGUCGUCCAGUUCUGAUAAGAAAGCGUAUUUACGUAACAACUACUACAAGUGCGCCAAGUGAUGAAACCACCACUGAAAAAAGCAUCGAUACUACUACGGAAAGCAUCGGUAGACGAACUGUAAAUCUUAGAAAACGUAUACAGAGCACCACAACGCAAGCACCAACCACGGAGGCUGCUGUUGAAGAAACGAACAAUACGACUAGCACUACGCUUAAAGCUACACGUAUUCCUCUGCUCAUACGUAAACGAUUGAAUGCAACGAGCUCAACCGCCACAGAAGCGCCGAACCUCGUCGAUGAAACGUCUACGAGUGUCGAAACUAUAACGCGUCGUCCAUUUGCAGGUUUUAACCGACAGCGUUUAAGCACUACAACGCAGUUGCCAGCAGAGUCACUUACAAAUGUAGACGACACGGAAUCGGCAAAAACAGAAUCAGAAUCAAGCGGUACAAAGAAAAUUGCAUUUGGACAGACAAAUCGACAUCGUGCGCUCUUGCUGCCGACAACUGAAACGUCAACGGCUACCAUAGAGGUCAUUGAUACUGAUUCAACAACGCGUCGCACUUUCGGCAUUAAUCGUGCGAAAACGACCACAGUGACACCUGCCAAAAACGCAGAAAAUUUGACCACCAAACGCACUUUUAAUGUUUUUGCGCAAAAGACACGGCCAACUACAACAAAACGACCUCUACUACCAAGCAUCAAUCGAAGUCUCUACCAAAGGACUGAAGAAGUACAAGAUGUGGAUGAUAACGAAUACAGCGAUGACUAUGAAGAGCCGCCAAGACCAAGCAAACCGGAAUACCAGCGACCACAGUUCUUCACAAGCGAACGCACACGACUGCAAGCUGUCACGCGCCGUCCAUAUAAGCCAUCAAGCGUCGCAGAUAAAGAAUAUUACGAUGAAUAUGAGGACAGUGAUGAUGAGUAUGAUGAAAACUCAGACGAAAAGAGUGAACUGAAUCGCGCGGCAUUUGGCCGCUUGCCAACCAAACCACCUACGACCGAACUACAGAAUAGCCUGCAAAACUUGAGAGACCGCGUCAAGUUAAGUCAAACACGUGACGAAAAUAACGAAGGCGUCGUAAACUCAAGACUGCAACUGCUUGCAGCCAAUAGGGCCAAGACCACUGCGAGACCAACCAGUACCGAUACUGACAAAAAAGACGAACAUAUUGAUGACGGAGACACAAGCGCUGAGCACGACAGCAACGCACUUAAUGUAAAAAAUAGCAUAGUUAGUUUUUUCGCAAGUCGUAAUAAUACUAACCGUACCAGCACUGUAGCUAACACUUUAAGUGGAACUAAAAUUAAUUUAAGUCUCAAGUCUAACAGCACACGAAUAACCGAUGAUGAGAGUAGUCAUGUAGUUAAAGAAGCAGAACGUGAGGCUGAUAAGCAGUUUGAUAAUGUUGAUUAUAAUGAUGUUGAUAAUGAUGAUGAUGUUGUAGUACCAAGCACUAAUGAUAAGGGUAAUGAAGUUAAUUCUAAACGACGUUUUCAGAAAUAUCAAUUCAACCGCGCAAGAUUCACAACAACAACGACUACGACUACUUUAGCGCCAACAACAACAACGUCGGCGACGCGUGCCGCUACUAACCAAUUUACGCCCAAACAAUUAUACCAGUCGAACAGAAAUAGAACAGCAACAAGAACAAAUCAGGUAAAUGCGUUAGUAGAUGAUAAAGGUGAUGAUGAUGAUGAUGAUGAAGAAGAUGAGGAUUAUAGCGAAAGUGAAGUAAAUGAAGACAGCACAAUCACAACCACCGAAAGCACGUUAACCACUAGUCCAGCUCCCACACUGAGACGUAUACGGGUGUUAAAGUAUCGCCGCCCAGUUGGCGGCAAUAGUAAUGCUACCUUAAUUAGUUCUAGCGUUAAUGAUAAUAGUAAUUCUACAAUUUCUAGUGUUACUAAUACUACCAACACUGUUAGUGAAAGUUUAGACACACCUGUUUCGUCCGAACAGCAAGUAGAACGUACUAGAUUAGCACCCUUUAAUACCACAGACCCUCAUACACAAGAAACCCAAAGUGAAAGUCCUGUAAAUACAGAACAAGUGCCAACGAAACGUUUCCGCAAGGUUAUACGCAAGUUAAUACGACCGUUGAAUCGUACAACCGAAGCAACGCUGUCGAAAGAAACUAAGGUAGACAAUGAGCUCACAACCGAAACAACUCUUACAGGUGCGCCACGUAUCAAUGGUACACGUUACGGCUUUGGACGUGGAAACAGCUUCCGCGCACAAACCCUUAACGCAACGGGUGUACGUGAGAAUGACACCAUUACCGAGGAUAGCAAGCUCAAUAAAGCGCGCACGAACUUAUUUGGCAAAGUCAAUCGUACGCGCUUCGGUAGCGACGUGAAUUCGGGCAGUACUGAAAAACAAUAUGAAACUGAUGAAGAGGAUAGUGAAACCGAUACCGAAAUCGAAACGGAAACAGAUACUGAAGCUGUUACCGCGCCUGCGACAACCCAAAAGCCACGCGCUGCCUUCAUACGGCCGAAAUCUAAGGAUACCACGACCGUUGCAAGUGGUUUUACCCUGGCGACGCGACGUCCGUUUGUGUUUUCGCGCGCGAGUAGCACAACGAAAGCGGCUGCUGAAAAUGGAGAAGAUGACGAGGAAGAUGGAAAUGAAGACGAAAAUGAAGAAGAUGCUGAGGAAGAAGAAGAUUAUGAUGAAAAUGAAGAAGGUAUGUCAACACCAGCAUUGGAGCAAGAGAAAGAAAUAGAGAACAAACAAAGUAAUGUAACCGUUGUCUCUGAAUCUACCGAAAAUAUCGGUGCUGAGCAAACACUGUCACCUCGACCAAUUGUAGCAACCACGCGUUUGAAAAAACUACUGCCAGGUGUCGAUACUACAACUGCAAUCGCCACAAAUGAACUCGAAGAGAGCACGGAUACAGACAGCAACACCAAUGAGACGCCAAUAAAAAAUACACUACUCAUAACUAGACGUCCUUUCGGUUUACUUGCACGUACUAAAGCCACACAAAAUGAAACUGAAACGGAGAUUAAUACUGAGGAACAGGAUACAGCCGAUAUAGUAACCACUACUUUACCGAGACGUCCCUACAGCAUAGAGUCACGCUUGAAAGUAUCACAAAAUGAAAGCGAAAGCCAUGAUGAAGAACAAAAUAAUGCUGAAGUAACUACCGCCAUACCUAGACGUAUAUUUGGACUUGGCGCACAGACGAAGUUAAAACUAAAUGAAACUGAAAAUGGUACCCAAGAAGAAGAACAUGAAGAAGUCACAACGAAGAGUACGCCACUGGUUCGUCCAACAUUCCGUAGAAAACUAGUCGCCAGACGUCCAUAUGUGCCACCAAAGGUAUCCGGUAUUACGAUCUCAACUACAGUGCCAACCACACCAAAGCCGAAACGCAAAUUUGUGCGCCGUAAAUUCGGACGUUUCCAUCCUUUCAAUGCCGUUAACCGUAACACAGGUGAAGGCUUUGUGCGUACAGAUCCACGCGGUCAGUUGCUGCCGGAAACCAAACGUUUCCGCAUACAGGAUGGCAAGCGAGUGCCUAUACCGGAUAGUGAAACUUUAGCUGAAGAUGAGGAAUACGAAGAAUAUGAAGAUGAAAAUGAUGAAGAUGAGGAUGAGGAAGAAACGACCACGAAUGAUGAACAAAACAAACCACAAACUCCGGUACCGAUCGUACGUCCGGUUACACGUCCAACUGGCCUGUUCAAUAAACCACCAACUACAUUGUUAAAUUCCUUCAGAGAAAAGGCAGCAGAAACUGAAACGGACACUGAAGAAAACGUGGCUAGCGAAAAUGAGGAGGAAGAAGAAGACGAGGAGGAGGACGAAGAUGAAGAAAAUGUCGAUGCGUCAGGCGAUGAUACACAACAAGCAUCACCCAAAUUUAAUACACCUACAUACCGUCCUAAAGACAACCGGGUACCACCCGGUGCACGUCCCGCACUACCCUCUACCUCUACACCUACUUCAGGUAAUGUGCCUUUUAACGGCAGAGCCCGCCAGCCACCAUCCUCAGCUGAACGCACCAAUGGUAAUCGUUUCGGUACCUCAGCACUUGGCAACACGCGUGUCACAAACAGACCGCGUGUUGUGAAUAGGCCACAAGGUGUCGUGCCACCAAGUCUGCCACUCAAACCGAUUGCCACCACUUUUGAGCGCACCACACCGGUGGUACCGACAAAGCCGGCACCAUUCAUACCAACCAACACACGUUCCUAUGAACGGAAAUACACAGCCACCUCCACAGAGACACCGGAAACCGUUAGCGAUAAUUCACUUAUUGAAGAUUUAAAUAUCGAAGCACUAAAUGCACGCAACAAAAAGAUAUUUGAUAUCAAUAGCAAAAAACACACUACCCUAAAACCGAAAAUAGCCAUUCCAGGCGCCAAACAAACACCAACAGAUCAACAACAAGAUACACAAGAUCCCUUCAAACAAAACACAGAAACAGAAAACGAUGAUGAAUACACAGCAGAUGUGGGCGGUGGUGAACAGGGUUACAUAACCACAACACCACGCACAUCCGCCGCAAGCGACACGAACACUGAUUAUUAUAUCAAUGCUAAUGAAAUCUCUUCACAGGACAAUGGGUCAGUUGGUGAGCGUACUAUAUUUACGACACCGCAAACACCGACCACGACUCUACUGCACGUAUUCACGCAGACCGAUGACGAGCAGACUAAUCGGCCGCCAACCGACAGCGUAAACACAAUUGGGCGAUUGGUACCAGAGAGGGCGCGUCCCAAGCACAAAGUGGUAGAGAUCAAUCGUAUUGUUGAGAUCACCUCAAAGGCCGAAAAGCUGCGACGCAAAUCGAAAUCAAAUCAAGAAUUCCUCAAACCGAUCGAGGAGUCCCAACUACAGGUCGAGUCUUUGCCACAUUUAGAGCAGCUGGGAGAAAUCAGCGUAGUGAAAUUUGUGCAUUUGGUCGAUGGUAGCGAUAUCUCCGUUGAUGGACACAGCACUGUUACCGAUUACACUCCUACAGAGCCGACUGCAUCAGCGCCUGUAAGGAAUUCAUUGCCCGAAGGCGUGCCUUACUUUGUGCCACAGUAUACCUAUUCUACGGAGAGUGCACAAGUACGCACUACUUUGGAACAACGUAACGGUAAAGCAUUGAUACCCGAAGUUAUACGCAGUGCGGUGGAGUCCUCGACCAUCUCCUUGGAAGGCUUAUUCGAAGGUGGACGGCAAGGUAAAGAACUCAAUUCUGUAAAUAAUGUGUACUACAUAUUCGGUACAGACGAAACAACCACAACUAGUACCGUUAACAUAAACGAAAACGCAAACGUGAACGUGAACGAAACACAAAACAUAGAAAUUACAACACCAAGUACAAGCACGAGCUCAAGUUUUGCUUUACCGACAGCCACGACAUUAUCAACGACAGAAACAUCCACCACCACCACCACAACUGCAAGCGCUUUGCCCCUAAUCCCGCAUAGCGAUAGUGUAAAUAACAUUCCUAACGAAGUCUCCACAAAUUUAGAAUCCACAACGAUUGUAGGUAAUACCGUAGCUGAAGAAGAGAACACAACAAAAAUGCCGUUGAUAGCCAACACAAGCACAAUUGAAGCAACUUUCAGCCAAUACAAUGCUAAUUUAGCUGAAGUUAACAGUAAUCUCGUGGAAACGACUACAUCUACAGCGGUAGCCACCGAAGAUACGGCUAGCACCGAUACUGCGGUGAAAUCAAGCACAUACGUAAGACCCGUUGUACCACUACCACUCUUACGUCCCGAAUCCAAUGAGUCCUCCCCCCUAGUCAUAACCAUAGCCAACCUCGACAAAGUCAUACUCAGUAAAGUAGAUCGCACAGUCUCAGCCGAAAAUAAGGCGGCCUCCACCAUCACUGACCAAACCCAAUUAACCGAACCCAAACCCGCUGACUCGAAUGCAGAAUACUCCAGUCGUUUUGCCUCUAUCAUUCAGGCACCCACCAACCUCAUACACGACACAAACGCCAAAGCCCAACUCGCAAGCGCGAAUGUGUCUAAAACCGUAGCUUCCAGUGUUGGUAAUAGUAGUGACAGUGAUAGCGCUGCAGGUUCUAGUGUUAGUACGAAUGCUACGAGUAGCUUAAGUAGUGGCAGCAUAGUUAAAGAAGUGAUAAGCUUUAGCACCGAGACGCAUGUGGUGCGUAAAAAGAAAUCGCGUAAAAAUAGGGCGCGUAAAUCGCAGAAAUCCGGUAAACCCAGGCCCACCACAGUGGCGCCAGCUGACGCGCCUGUCGUAACAGUAACCCCAAAUGUUGUCAGCAAUGAUGAGGGUUACCAAACUAGCAGCACAAGCGCAAGCGUUACAGAGUUGCCAACAACAACGUCAGCGCCGAUAACGACGCCGCGAGUGCGCGUCAUACAUUUCGUUCGCACACCGACUGCAACGACGAUUGUAACCGCCACGGCGCAGACGCGACGACCGGUGUUGAGCGUGCGCCGACGCAAGAUCAAUUCGCCGAACGCUUCAUCAGGUAUAGCUUACCAGACGGCUAUCACGUCGUUACAGACGAGCCAAACGGCGGCAGCAACUACAACUACAGCUAAUGCGGACGCUUCAACUAAAAGUGAUGAGCUGCUAAUAAUCACAACGGAAUUACCGACGACGACCUUUAAUAAGCAACAACUACAACGUAAUCGUAAUAAACUGGUAACACCGGCCGCCACAGCAGCAACAGCAACAACAACGGACGAUCUAAACGCACCAACAACAACACAAUUUACAGCAGCAGCAAUUACACUGAACAACGCCAACAACAAUCAGAAGAGUUAUUUAAAUACAAAGUACAGAGCUAAGCUGGUAGCAGCUGGUUUGUCAACGAUCAGUACAUCAUUAGCAACGGAGACACCAAAUGUCGAUGGGGCAGCAGCGGCAGCAACCACAACAGCCAGCAAUGACAUCAUACAGCAAGCAAAUGUCAACACCAACACCAAACAACCGUCGACUGUGUUGCGCAGAAAAUUCCAAGCACGACGUCUCAUUACAACCACAACGACAAGCGCCACAGACGAUAGUGCCACCGAACAGCCACGCACACCCAAUCCACUCUUCAAACGGCGAUUUUCGCUCACCGCCAACCCAUCUGCCACAACAAUACUUACGCCGAGUACAAACACUCCAGCUGACGCCCUCACCACAACACUCUUCGUAGACGGUUUCGAUGCCGAGGACGCCAGUGAUCAAGUGGCCAAAUCGAGUGUACAUACAAAUCAUUUCAAUCAAUUUGUGCACAAUGCCGAAGAUAAUGAGGCACAAAUACCACCACGAACCUUAACCAGCGGCAUCAAGGCCUCACCACUGAAAUCAAAGUCGCACAUAGCAGUCACAACAACACAUGCGCCCCUUGAGCCGCAACAGCCAUAUGUGGAGUCCAUCACACGUCGUAUGGGCACCGUAGCGGCAACCACGGAAUUCACUGCAUCGAAACGAAAGUCUGUCGCCAGCAAACGAAGGCCACAGAAGUACACGCCCCCUACGCCACAAACAUCGACUGAAAGCUUAGCGUCGCGACGCGGGCAGUCUGCGAAAGAGGCGGUGAACAGGCGACGGCCUAACAAAUAUGCCGCCGGCGACAGUUUUGAGCGACUAAAUGGCAAUCAGGCGGCACCGGCAAAGCCCACCACACAUGUCAGCACGGCGAAGAGCAGCCAUCGACAAGUCGUCGAUUAUGACUACUAUGACGAUGAAAAUGAGCGCGUAGUUGGCAAUACCGAAGGGCAACAGUUGAAGGUGAUUUUACAUGGACGUGGCAUAAUCGAAUGCCUGGAUCAAGGCAAUUUCCCGCAUCCGCUGUCGUGUCGGAAAUUCAUUUCCUGUGCCAAAUUCGAGACCGGUGGCGUGGUAGGUUGGGAAUAUACUUGUCCGAAGGGUCUCAGUUAUGACCCGGUCGGUGGCAUGUGCAAUUGGGCAGCCGGUCUCGGCUGUAAGGAAUAAUUGGCGGCGGCAUUAACACUUUCAAAUAUAUAUUCUAACAAUAGUAUACCCUCAAAAUAUUGCUAGAAACAUACUUUCGCACAAAUCGAAUUGCAAUUUAUAAAUGCAAAAAACAAUACUCAUUAAAGUAGCUCAUUGAGAGUUUGACGUCUGCGCCGGAACUUCUCCACACUUCAUUUUUAAAACGAAUUUCUUUUAACCCAUGCAGUUAUUUUAUAGUUUUAAUACAAUUAUGUGAUUAUCGUUUAUUGUUUCUUUUUCCUUAGUCGUUUAAGCAUAACUUUAAGUUUAAGCUAAAAAUGUUAAAUUAAAUUUAGUUGAAUUUUGAAAAUGAAAAAUCUUGUAAAUGCUAAUACAUAUUGGAGAAAUAUUCUUUUAUUGUAAUUUAUUUCAACUUACAACGAAUUACUAUACAUAUUUCUACUUUUCUAUGCCAAUACUCUAUAUACUUUAUAAUUUAUAACCAAUAAAAAGUAAAAAUACUUUAGUACA